ACGAAAAUUUUGUGUUGUUAAAUGCUGUUAGUAACGUCGGUGUAUUAACGCCGCUGAAAAUCAAGUCAAAUUUAGCUUUUGCACUAUCGGUCACUCUUAAAUUCAGCAGAUAUGUCGGAUCUAGGUUCAGACUACGAUGAGGAGGAACAGGGGCCGUAUUUAGGGGAGUAUGAAGGUGAGAGAAAUGAGAAAGAAGAAAGACAUGGCAAAGGGAAGGCCACACUACCAAAUGGUGACACAUACGAAGGAAUGUAUGAAUUCGGCAAGAGGCAGGGACAGGGUAUGUACAAGUUCAAGAAUGGUGCUCGAUACAUGGGUGAAUACAAACACAACAAGAAGCAUGGGCAAGGAGCGUUCAUCUAUCCAGAUGGAUCCAAAUAUGAAGGUAACUGGGUUGAUGAUCAGCGCCAUGGGUUUGGUACCUACACCUAUCCAAACAGUGAUACCUACGAAGGGGAGUGGCAAAGUCAUCUUAGGCACGGCCAAGGGGUGUACACUUAUAAAGACACUGGUACUCGGUAUGUUGGUACUUGGAUCAACGGUAAGAGGGAAGGUGCAGGAGAGCUAAUCCAUGCAAAUCAUCGGUUCCAGGGUGGAUGGAUUGCUGAUCAGCCACAAGGGAAAGGCAAAUAUUUGUUUGACAUCGGAUGUGAGCAGCAUGGGCAGUAUGUUCCAGUAGAGCAGCCCCAAAAUGGUGACCAAGAAGAUGAGGAAGCCCAAACAGUGACUAUUCCUAAAUGGAGAGCAGGUGAAAUCCGAGCUGUUAGUGAGUACAACCCAGCAGAAGAAUUAGCCGCAGCAGCAGCAGCUGAGGCUGAAGCCCAACAGGCAGAGGAGAAGAUGGAGGAAGGGGCGGAGCAAGCCCAAGAAACACCCGCUGAAGGGGAGGCACCAGCAGCCGAUGCAGAAGCAGCUCCCGAGGAAGGUCAAGAAGGAGAACCAGCACAAACCACAGAAGGAGAAGGGGAGGCCCCAGCACCUGCAGAGGGUGAGGAAAGCCAACAAGAUACAGUUGAAGAUGGUGGUGAUGGUGGUGAAGAAGCAGCUGCCCCCUCACCAGUAAUGGAAGAACCUGAGGAGGGAGAUUAAAUUGUUUUUUGUGAGUUGCAAUUAAAGUAGCUUCUGACCGAGUUUGGAUUGGUGGUGGGCGGAAAACUUUGCUUAUUUUCAAAUGAACUGAAGUUAUUGGUAUAAAACUAUUUCCCGCAAAGAAAUGUUGCAAAAUUCAGAAAACAGUUAUUAGUACGCCCAUGCCUUGGCCAUUUCUGAACUGGCUGCUACGGCUACGGCUAUAUUUCUACAUCAUGUACAUGUAGCACAGAAGUAUAGGGCGUCCAUAGCAACAGUCUUAGCAAGUCAUAACCUUAAUAGCAGCCAAUUCCGAUAGGGCUAAUAAAUGAAAAAGUUGUCCAAUUGUGAGAUGUAAAUAUGAAGUUUUUAAAAUGUUUUUAUAAAACCAUUAGGGAUGGGUAUCAUUUAAUGGGCAUGUCAAUCCUCCUCUUCCAUCAAUAGAUGGAGUAAGGUCACCACACACACACAAUGCCAAAGAUGGUUACAUUUUGUAUUGGUAUUUUAAUGGGUCAGAUUUAUAGGAAUGUACAUGUAGUCCUGCAGGGUCCAAUCUCAUUAAGAAUAAAAAUUGCGAGCCUUGAUUUUCCGUCUUUUCACUGCAGAUGUUAACCAAGGUAAAGGGUAUCUAGGGAUAACAAUAUCUCUCUUAACUCACAAUGUAAAUAUACAACAGGGAGUCACGUUCAAACUGUUUUUUUUAAAUCCAAUAAUAACUUCCAAUAGUAUUGUUUUCUUCAUGUGUUUUCAGUUUUUUUUUAAUCCACACAAUGUAUAAAUGUGCAUACAUGUACUAUUUGAAAUUUGAUUCGACUGUCGAGUAUCCUUAUUGUUUCUAGGGGGACGGUAUUUUCUGGGUCUUAAAAACCCUAAUUCGUCCAAGUGUCUUUGCUUAGAGACCUUUCUGAAUCCUCAUAAGUCCUUCACUCCGAGGCCAUGCAGGGCAGUUUACAGGCACCAAUUCAGUUAAAAACAUUCACAUGUUAAUAUGCACACAAUCUUCCAGGGUACUGUAUGGUCUGUAGUAAUAAAUAUACGUAUGUAGUACUGUCCAAGUGAUCCUUCUUGCAUGGAGUGCAUCAAAUAUGGCAUUUCAGACAAAACUAUUUCAAUAGGUAUUUUCUACUAUUAUCAUAAUGGUAAGUUUUAUGUGAAUAUGUGAUCUUAGACAAGUAUUUUCUCACCAAUUCUGUAAUGUUCCUUUAAAUAAAUACGCUUUGCCUUGUCCAGUGAUGAGCGUUUUUAUUUGGGCCUUUAAAUCCGUUAUCCUUCAAAGCCAGAACAAGAUUUUAGAGAAUUCUGUAUUUUACUGGAUGCAUGCUGUCAUUUACAUGCAUUUUGUCAAAAAUCUUAAAUUUCCCCUCCAUCUUAAAAGAAAGGAUAAAAACUUGUUUUAAAUGAAUUUUCAAUGUUUUUAGUACUAACUUUUGUGCGUCACAAUUUCCUUCUUUAUUUCUGUUAUUUAUACAUAGUAUGUGCCUUUGACAGUUCUUAAAAUUAAAAACUUUAAGUAUUUCUUGAA